AUGCCUUCGCUCGUUGGAAAGACAAUCGGCCCUACUGGCUAUGGCCUGAUGAGAAUGACCUGGACUCCGCAGCCGCCUUCACUCGAGAAGUGCUUUGAGUCCCUUAACACAGCGCUGGAGCUGGGCGCAAACUUUUGGAACGGCGGCGAGCUGUACGGCACACCGGAGUACAAUUCUCUUCACCUGCUGAACAAGUACUUCACCAAGUAUCCGGAAAAUGCGGACAAGGUGGUGUUGAGCAUUAAGGGUGGCCUGAAGCCCGGCCAACUCGCUCCCGAUGGAUCGGAGGAGAACAUUCGUCGCAGCGUGGAUGAGUGCCUGCGUCUGCUGGAUGGCAAGAAGAAGAUCGAUAUCUUUGAGUGUGCGCGACAAGAUCCCAACACCACCGUGGAGCAGACGGUGUCGGUCCUGGCCCAGUGCGUGAAGGAGGGCAAGAUUGGUGGCAUUGGACUGAGCGAGGUGGAUGCGGCUACCAUCCGGCGCGCCGCGAAGAUACAUCCCAUCGCCGCCGUCGAGGUGGAGCUGUCCCUGUGGUCGACCGAUAUCCUCGAGAACGACGUCGCCAAAGCCUGCGCCGAGCUCAACAUUCCCGUCAUUGCCUACUCCCCGCUGGGCCGAGGUGCCUUCGCCGGCGCCGUGAAGUCUACGAGUGACAUUCCCGAGGGCGAUUUCCGCCGUUACUUGCCCCGCUUCCAGGAGCAAGCCUUCCAGACCAACCUGAAGCUGAUCAACGAGGUUGAAAGCCUCGCGACUCGGAAGGGCGUUGCUCCCACCCAAGUGGCCUUGGGCUGGGUGCACAGCCUGAGCGGCAAGCCUGGCAUGCCCACCAUCAUCCCCAUUCCUGGUGGUACUACCAAGGACAAGGUCGUUCAGAACAUGCAAGGUGUCAAGCCACUGACCGAUGCAGAGAUGGCAGAGGUCGAUGGCAUCUUGAAGGAAAACAAGGUGGUUGGGGGGCGCUACUGA